AUGCCGUCGCUUCUUGUCCCCUUCAAACAGCUCAAACCCGGAUUUGAUCACUUUUAUCGUGGUUUUGUGCAGCGCUGCGGGAGCCACUGCGCAGAAGUGAAGCGGCGGCGUACAUCAAAGUCAAACAAAGGAGCUGACUGUGGUCGUCCACUAGAUGGGAUCAGAGUCUUGGAUUUAACCAGAGUUCUGGCCGGUCCUUUUGCCUCAAUGCUCCUGGGGGAUCUGGGAGCCGAAGUCAUCAAAGUGGAGAAACCAGGUUCUGGAGAUGACACCAGAGCCUGGGGUCCUCCAUUCAUGGGGACAGAGAGCGUCUACUUCCUCAGCGUCAACAGGAACAAGAAGAGCAUUGCAGUCGAUAUGAAGCAUCCUGAUGGAGCCAGAGUCCUCAGAGAGUUGGCCGCUGUGAGUGACGUACUGGUGGAGAACUUUCUCCCAGGUAAACUUUCUGAGUUUGGACUCGGGCCAGAGCAGCUGAGAGCGGAGAACCCAGAGCUGAUCUACUGUUCCAUCACAGGCUACGGUCAGAAUGGUCCGUCUUCUAGUCGUCCUGGUUACGACUCUAUCCUCUCAGCGGAGUCUGGGAUGAUGCAUAUCACAGGACCAGAGGGCGGGGAGCCGGUGCGCCCGGGUGUGGCCAUGACAGAUCUGGCCACUGGACUCUACGCUCACGGAUCCAUCAUGGCGGCCCUUCUACAGAAACAGAGGAGCGGAGUGGGGGCCCACAUUGAUUGCAACCUGCUGUCCUCCCAGGUGUCCUGUCUCAGUCACAUCGCUGCAAACUUUCUGAAUUCUGGAAAAGAAGGAAAACGCUGGGGAACGGCCCACGAGAGCAUUGUACCUUAUCAGGGCUUCAAGACGUCAGAUGGGCACAUCGUGGUCGCCGUGGGGAACGACACUCAAUUUGUGCAAGUUUGUGAGGUCCUUGGUCUGCCGGCUCUGGCUGAAGAUCCCAAAUACAAAACCAACAAGCUACGAGUCCAGAACCGGUCCCAGUUGCUGCCGCUGCUGUCGCUCCGGUUGGCAGAGGAGAGCACCUGUGAUUGGCUGCGAAGGUUUGAGGGAUCAGGUGUUCCGGUCGGACCAAUCAACAACCUGCAGCAGGUGUUCAGUGACGCCCAGGUGAAGCACAACGGCCUCCUGCAGCACAUCGAGCACCCCACAUCCGGAGCCUUGUGUGUCCCAGGGCCGGCCGUGCGCUUCAGCUCCUUCUUGCCGUUAGACCCCGCCCCCCCUCCUCUGAUUGGCCAGCAUACAGUCAGCGUUCUGACAGGAAGUCUGAACUACAGCGAACAGGAAGUGACGUCACUCAUGCAGAGCGGCGCCGUGGCCCAGUAUCCUGACAUCUGA